CUGUUGAUGGCAGGCUUACUGUUGGGCAGAGUAUAGAAUGACAUGGACAUCAGAGGUUGUGUUGCAACCGAGUGGUUCUGUUGCUUUGGUUGAUAAGCAUGAUUAAGAGGCACAGUUGAAGUGUAUAGCUUGUAAACAGUAUUACCCUAACAACACAGGGUUUUGAACAGAGGAGAGGCCAAAGGGGAGAGACUCUAGAAGGAAAACUUGAGGAGUCUAGGUGCACUUUUAAUUUUUAUUCCUCUCAUGUGGUGACUAAUACAUGCAAAUUAGACAUGCAAACGUGAACUUCAGAUCCUCCAUAGGACUUUUCAUUUGAAAGCCUGUCGGAGGGUGAGUAGGUCUCCCAGGAGUUAGAAGAUCAUUCUGGAAGAGUCCAUAAGCUGAACAGAUUGCUGUGAUGUUUAGGAUCGGUAGGCGACAGCUCUGGAAGCAGAGCGUCACCCGAGUUUUAACGCAAAGACUGAAGGAAGAGAAGGAGGCCAAGCGUGCGCGUUUGGAUGGCAGACAUGACUACUUGUUUGGGAUUGUAGCUUCCUGCGUGGAUCUGAACAAAACUGAAGUGGAGGAUGCCAUUCUUGAGGGGAAUCAGAUUGAAAGAAUUGAUCAGCUUUUUGCUGCUGGAGGUCUCCGUCACCUCAUGUUUUACUAUCAGGAUGUGGAGGUAGCAGAAACAGGACAACUUGGCUCUCUGGGAGGAGUAAAUCCUAUUUCUGGAAAGAUUAAAAAACCUAAGGUGUUCGUGACCGAGGGAAAAGAUGUUGCUCUGACUGGGGUUUGUGUGUUCUUCAUCAGGAUCAACCCUUCCAGGGCCAUCACCCCUGAGAACAUCCAUCGGGAGGUGAGCUUCAACAUGCUGGACACGGCUGACGGGGGCUUGCUCAACAGCAUGAGACAUCUGCUGUCUGAUAUCUUCAUUCCGGCUCUCAGGGCCACAAGCCAUGGCUGGGGUGAGCUCGAGGGGCUUCCAGAAGCAUCCAGUGUUCGGCAGGAGUUCCUUGGCUCCCUGGAAGGCUUUGUGAACACCCUAUCCAGCGCAGAGGAGAGUUUGAAGGAGAAGGUGAACCUUCAGAAAUGUGACAUAUUUGAACUGAAAACCCUGAACGAAUCAGUAGACUACUUGACUCUCGCUAAUAACCCUGAGACUUUGGAAAAAAUAGAAGGUUGUAUGAAAGUAUGGAUCAAACAGACAGAACAGGUUCUUGCUGAAAACAAUCAGCUUCGGAAGGAAGCAGAUGACCUUGGGCCCCGAGCAGAGCUGGAGUACUGGAAAAAAAGACUGUCUAAAUUUAACUACCUUUUGGAUCAAUUGAAGAACCCAGAUGUGAAGGCUGUGUUGGCAGUACUUGCAGCCGCCAAGUCCAAACUUCUGAAGACUUGGCGGGAGAUGGAUAUUCGAAUCACUGAUGCAGCUAAUGAAGCAAAGGACAAUGUCAAAUAUUUGUACACACUUGAGAAGUGCUGUGACCCCUUGUACAGUAGUGACCCUAUAUCCAUGAUUGAUGCUAUUCCUACACUUAUAAAUGCAAUUAAAAUGAUCUAUAGUAUCUCUCAUUACUAUAACACCUCUGAGAAGAUCACGUCUCUGUUUGUAAAGGUGACCAAUCAGAUGAUAUCUGCAUGUAAAGCCUAUAUUACCAACAAUGGAACUGCUUCCAUCUGGAGCCAGCCACAGGAUGUAGUUGUGGAAAAAAUAUUAUCUGCAAUUAAACUUAAGCAGGAAUACCAGCACUGCUUUCACAAGACAAAACAAAAGCUUAAGCAAGAUCCAAAUGAAAAACAAUUUGAAUUUAGUGAGAUGUAUAUUUUUGGAAAAUUUGAAACUUUCCACAGACGUCUUGCCAAGAUAAUGGACAUCUUUACAAUCUUUCAGACAUAUGCGGUCCUGCAAGAUUCUAAAAUUGAAGGGUUGGACGGCAUGGUCACUAAAUACCAGGAUAUUGUUGCCACCAUAAAGAAAAAGGAAUAUAAUUUCUUGGACCAGCGGAAAAUGGAUUUUGAGCAGGAUUAUGAAGAGUUUUGCAAGCAGACUAACGACCUUCAUGUAGGUUGUAUAAUAAAGUUCCUGUUGACAGGCUCAUGUUUAUUUUUUCCAUUCUGUGUAAUGCUGCUAAUCAUUACCCAUUCAGAAGGGAGAGGCGCCUUCAUUGUGGAGGUGACCGAUAGCAUGCUUGAAGAAGAAAGAGAAAAAGUAUCCAACAUAAAUAGUGCUGAUUCAAAAAAUGAAAGUUCAGCAAAAAGAGAAGAAGGAACUUUGGACACCUCGACAUCUUCCCUCAAUGCCCGGCCAGGCCUCCUGCCCUUGACGACAUUUGCGAGAAAGAAGAAAGAGACCGACGAGGUGUUAGAGGAGGGGGCCCGGGAGUUGCUCUCUCAUUCACACCACCAAAACAUGGAAGCUCUUCUGAAGGUUACAAGGAACACGCUUGAGGCCAUGCGCAGGCGAAUUCAUUCCUCCAACUUGAUCCACUUCCGGGACAGUAAUAGUGCCUCUAAAAUGAAGCAGAACAGUCUGCCCAUUUUCCGGGCGAGCAUCACCCUGGCCAUUCCCAACAUCACCAUGGCCCCAGUCCUGGAAGACAUACAGCAGACGCUGAACAAAGUUGUGGAGUGUGUCGUCACCAUCACCAAGGGGGUUAGACAGUGGAGCAGUGAGCUGCUGUCCAAGAGAAAAAUGCAUGAAAGAAAAAUGGCUGCUUUGCCAAAUAACAAAGACAGUGAUUCUGAUGCUGAAAUGGGAGAAAAUGAACCUCAAGAUACCUUGGAGAUGGCAUCUGAGAACUUACCUAUUCCAGUGCAAAACAAGAACUAUUAUAAGAAUGUUUCUGACAACAAAGAGAUUGUAAAAUUAGUCUCUGUGCUUAGCACAAUCAUCAACUCCACCAAAAAGGAAGUUAUUGCAUCCAUGGAUUGCUUCAAACGCUACAAUCACAUUUGGCAAAAGGAGAAAGAAGAAACCAUUAUGGAGUUUAUUAUGAAAAACCCGCUCCUUUCUGAAUUUGAGUCCCAGAUUCUGUAUUUCCAAAAACUAGAGCAGGAAAUUAAUGCUGAGCCUGAACAUAUAUGUGUGGGAGCUGUUGCUCUGUACACAGCCGACUUGAAACUCACUUUGACUGCUGAGACAAAGGCUUGGAUGGUUGUCAUUGGCCGUCAUUGUAACAAAAAAUACAAAAGUGAGAUGGAAAAUAUUUUUACACUUGUUGAAGAAUUCAAUAAGAAACUGAGUCGUCCAAUUAAAGACCUAGAUGAUAUUCGAAUUGCUAUGGCAGCUCUGAAGGAAAUUAGGGACCAGCAAAUCCCCAUUGACUUUCAAGUGGGACCUAUCGAGGAAUCCUAUGCCCUGCUUAACAAAUAUGGGCUUCUGAUAGCAAAGGAAGAGAUGGACAAAGUCGAUACUCUGCGUUACACUUGGGAGAAGCUUCUGGCUCGUGCCAGCGAAGUUCAGAAUGAAUUAGUCUCAUUGCAGCCCAGUUUCAGGAAAGAGCUUAUUAGUACCGUGGAGGUCUUCCUCCAAGACUGUCAUCAGUUCUAUCUAGACUACGAUUUGAAUGGUCCAAUGGCCAGUGGCUUGAAACCUCAGGAAGCCAGUGAUAGGCUUAUCAUGUUUCAGAGUCAAUUUGAUAAUAUCUAUCGGAAAUAUAUCACCUAUACUGGGGGAGAGGAGCUUUUUGGUCUGCCAGUUACGCAGUACCCUCAGCUUCUUGAAAUUAAGAAGCAACUAAAUCUUCUACAGAAAAUAUACACUCUGUACAACAGUGUCAUAGAAACUGUAAAUAGCUAUCAUGAUAUCCUUUGGUCAGAAGUGAAUAUUGAAAAAAUCAACAGUGAACUUUUAGAGUUCCAGAACAGGUGUCGGAAGCUGCCCCGGGCCUUGAAGGACUGGCAGGCUUUUUUGGAUCUGAAGAAAACCAUUGAUGAUUUCAGCGAGUGUUGCCCACUGCUGGAGCACAUGGCCAGUAAGGCCAUGAUGGAGAGACACUGGGAAAGGAUAACUGCCCUCACUGGGCACAGCCUGGAUGUGGGGGAUGAGACUUUUAAGUUAAGAAACAUCAUGGAGGCACCUCUUCUGAAAUACAAAGAGGAAAUAGAGGACAUCUGUAUCAGUGCGGUGAAAGAGAGAGACAUUGAACAAAAGCUGAAGCAAGUAAUUAAUGAAUGGGACAACAAAACAUUCACAUUUGGCAGCUUUAAAACCCGUGGAGAGCUCCUCUUGAGAGGAGACAGUACGUCGGAAAUCAUUGCCAACAUGGAGGACAGCUUGAUGUUGCUGGGCUCCCUACUGAGCAACAGGUACAAUAUGCCAUUCAAAGACCAGAUUCAAAAGUGGGUGCAAUGUCUUUCAAACUCAACAGACAUCAUUGAGAACUGGAUGAUGGUACAAAACUUGUGGAUUUACUUAGAAGCUGUCUUUGUGGGAGGAGACAUCGCCAAGCAGCUUCCCAAGGAAGCCAAGCGCUUUUCCAACAUUGAUAAAUCCUGGGUGAAGAUCAUGACUCGGGCACAUGAGAUGCCCAAUGUGGUUCAGUGUUGUGUUGGAGAUGAGACCAUGGGGCAGCUGUUACCACACUUGCUGGACCAAUUGGAAAUCUGCCAGAAAUCCCUUACUGGAUACUUGGAGAAAAAACGACUUUGUUUUCCUCGGUUCUUCUUUGUCUCGGACCCUGCCCUGCUGGAGAUUCUGGGCCAAGCAUCAGAUGCACACACCAUCCAAGCCCACCUGCUGAAUGUGUUUGACAACAUUAAAACCGUCAAGUUCCAUGAAAAGAUCUAUGAUCGCAUUCUGUCAAUUUCCUCUCGAGAGGGUGAGACGAUUGAAUUAGAUAAACCUGUGAUGGCAGAGGGCAAUGUGGAAGUUUGGCUUAAUUCUCUCUUGGAGGAAUCGCAAGCCUCAUUACAUCUUGUGAUUCGCCAGGCAGCUGCAAAUAUUCAAGAAACAGGUUUCCAACUGAUUGAAUUUCUUUCUUCCUUCCCUGCUCAGGUUGGAUUAUUAGGAAUUCAAAUGAUAUGGACACGGGAUUCAGAAGAGGCCCUUAGAAAUGCCAAGUUUGAUAAAAAAAUCAUGCAGAAAACCAAUCAGUCUUUCCUGGAGCUACUGAACACAUUGAUAGACAUGACAACAAAGGAUCUGAGUUCCAUGGAACGAGUUAAAUAUGAGACUUUAAUUACUAUUCACGUGCACCAAAGAGAUAUCUUCGAUGGCCUGUGUCACAUGCAUAUCAAGAGCCCUACAGACUUCGAGUGGCUGAAACAGUGCAGGUUUUAUUUUAAUGAAGAUUCUGACAAGAUGAUGAUUCACAUCACAGAUGUGCCAUUCAUAUACCAGAAUGAAUUUUUAGGCUGCACUGACAGGCUUGUCAUAACCCCUCUCACAGACAGGUGUUAUAUCACGUUGGCUCAAGCUCUGGGAAUGAGCAUGGGAGGAGCCCCCGCUGGACCUGCAGGAACGGGCAAGACAGAAACCACCAAAGAUAUGGGACGAUGUCUUGGGAAAUACGUUGUGGUUUUCAAUUGUUCUGACCAGAUGGAUUUCCGUGGACUUGGACGGAUCUUUAAAGGACUGGCACAGUCUGGAUCCUGGGGUUGUUUUGAUGAAUUUAACCGUAUCGACCUGCCAGUUCUCUCCGUUGCAGCCCAGCAGAUUUCCAUUAUUCUGACAUGUAAAAAGGAGCGUAAAAAGUCUUUUAUUUUUACUGAUGGAGAUAAUGUGACUAUGAACCCUGAAUUUGGACUUUUUCUAACUAUGAAUCCUGGCUAUGCUGGGCGGCAGGAACUUCCUGAAAACUUGAAGAUUAACUUCCGCUCUGUGGCCAUGAUGGUCCCUGACCGACAGAUUAUCAUCAGGGUGAAGCUGGCUAGUUGUGGCUUCAUUGACAACGUUGUUUUGGCCCGGAAGUUUUUCACGCUCUACAAGCUGUGUGAAGAGCAGCUCUCUAAGCAGGUACAUUAUGACUUUGGUCUGCGUAAUAUUCUGUCAGUUCUGCGAACCCUGGGAGCAGCAAAAAGAGCCAACCCCACAGAUACGGAAUCCACGAUUGUCAUGCGUGUACUACGAGACAUGAAUCUUUCUAAACUGAUUGAUGAGGAUGAACCCUUAUUUUUGAGUUUGAUUGAAGAUCUCUUCCCAAAUAUUCUUCUGGACAAGGCAGGUUACCCUGAAUUGGAAAUGGCAAUUAGUAGACAGGUUGAAGAAGCUGGCUUAAUCAACCAUCCUCCUUGGAAACUGAAAGUCAUCCAGUUGUUUGAAACACAGAGAGUGAGACAUGGAAUGAUGACCUUAGGGCCUAGCGGAACUGGGAAAACCACCUGCAUCCACACCUUGAUGAAAGCUAUGACAGAUUGUGGAAGACCACACCGGGAAAUGAGGAUGAAUCCUAAGGCGAUUACAGCCCCACAGAUGUUUGGUCGGCUUGACGUGGCAACAAAUGAUUGGACCGAUGGGAUCUUUUCUACCCUUUGGAGGAAAACAUUGAGGGCUAAGAAAGGGGAGCACAUCUGGAUAGUUCUUGAUGGUCCAGUAGACGCCAUCUGGAUUGAAAAUCUAAAUUCUGUUUUGGAUGAUAACAAAACUCUAACCCUCGCCAAUGGUGAUCGGAUUCCCAUGGCUCCAAAUUGCAAGAUUGUUUUUGAACCUCAUAACAUUGACAAUGCUUCACCUGCUACUGUUUCAAGAAAUGGAAUGGUUUUCAUGAGUUCAUCUAUUCUUGAUUGGAAUCCUAUUCUUGAGGGUUUUCUUAAAAAACGUUCACCUCAAGAAGCUGAGAUUCUUCGUCAGCUGUACAUCAAGUCCUUUCCGGACCUGUACCGCUUCAGUAUUCAGAACUUAGAACACCAAAUGGAGAUGCUGGAGGCCUUGGUGGUCAUGCAGAGCAUCAACAUGCUUCAAGGCCUCAUCCCUCCCAAGGAGCACGGCGGGGAGGUCACGCCAGAGCACUUGGGGAGACUGUAUGUCUUCUCCCUGAUGUGGAGCGUUGGGGCGGUGCUGGAACUGGAUGGCCGGCGCCGGCUGGAACACUGGCUACGCUCCCAGGAGAUGCUGGCUCUUGAUCUGCCGCCUCUAGCGGGGCCGGACGACACCAUGUUUGAUUAUUACGUCACGUCAGAUGGUAAAUGGAUGCACUGGAACUCAUGUACUGAGGAAUAUGUGUAUCCAUCUCAUACCAUCCCAGAAUAUAGCUCCAUUCUGGUGCCAAAUGUUGACAAUGUGAGAACUGACUUCCUAAUUAAAACCAUCGCUAAACAGGGCAAGGCUGUGCUGUUAGUUGGUGAACAAGGAACAGCCAAAACGGUUAUGAUCAAAGGAUUUAUGUCAAAAUAUGAUCCUGAAAGCCACAUGAUCAAGAGUCUGAACUUUUCUUCUGCAACCACCCCACUGAUAUUUCAGAGGACAAUAGAGAGCUAUGUGGAUAAACGCAUGGGCACGACAUAUGGCCCUCCUGCAGGAAAGAAGAUGACGGUUUUUAUUGAUGAUGUGAAUAUGCCAAUAAUCAAUGAGUGGGGAGACCAGGUUACAAAUGAAAUAGUACGACAGCUGAUGGAACAGAAUGGAUUUUACAACCUAGAGAAGCCUGGGGAGUUUACCAGCAUUGUGGAUAUCCAGUUUUUAGCAGCUAUGAUCCAUCCUGGGGGUGGACGCAAUGAUAUACCCCAAAGACUUAAGAGGCAAUUCUCUAUAUUUAACUGCACGCUGCCCUCUGAUGCUUCUGUGGACAAGAUCUUUGGAGUGAUUGGGAUAGGUUACUACUGUAUCCAAAGGGGUUUCUCAGAAGAAGUGAGAGAUUCAGUGAUGAAAUUAGUUCCCCUGACACGCCGACUUUGGCAGAUGACAAAGAGUAAAAUGCUUCCUACUCCUGCAAAAUUCCAUUAUGUUUUUAACCUUAGAGAUCUUUCUAGGAUCUGGCAGGGAAUGUUGAACACCACUUCAGAGGUUAUCAAGGAACCAGAUGAACUGUUAAGACUGUGGAAGCAUGAGUGUAAACGUGUUAUCGCUGAUCGUUUCACAGCAUCUGAUGAUGUGACCUGGUUUGAUAAGGCUUUAGUAAGCUUGGUGGAGGAGGAGUUUGGUGAAGAGAAAAAACUCUUGGUGGAUUGCGGAAGUGACAUUUAUUUUGUGGAUUUCUUGAGGGAUGCACCAGAAGCUACAGGUGAAACAUCUGAGGAAGCUGAUGCUGAUUUGCCAAAAAUUUAUGAGCCAGUUGAAUCUUUUGAUCACCUAAAGGAGCGUUUAAACAUGUUCCUUCAGCUCUAUAAUGAGAGCAUCCGAGGUGUGGGCAUGGAUUUGGUGUUCUUCGCAGAUGCAAUGCUUCACUUAGUCAAGAUCUCACGUGUCAUUCGUACUCCCCGGGGAAAUGCCCUCCUGGUUGGGGUGGGUGGAUCUGGAAAGCAGAGCUUGACAAGGUUGGCUUCGUUCAUUGCUGGCUACACGUCCUUCCAGAUCACUCUAACUAGAUCCUACAACACAUCAAAUCUGAUGGAGGACCUAAAAACUUUGUAUAGAACAGCUGGUCAGCAAGGCAAAGGAGUCACUUUUAUUUUCACAGACAAUGAGAUUAAAGAUGAGUCGUUUUUGGAAUAUAUGAAUAAUGUUUUAUCAUCGGGUGAGGUCUCCAACCUAUUCGCUCGUGAUGAAAUUGAUGAAAUUAAUAGCGAUCUCACAUCAGUCAUGAAAAAGGAAUACCCCAGGCGCCCUCCUACCAGUGAGAACCUGUAUGACUACUUCAUGAGUCGGGUCCGGCAGAACCUUCACAUCGUGCUCUGCUUUUCACCGGUGGGGGAGAAAUUUCGAAAUCGAGCUUUGAAAUUCCCCGCCCUUAUUUCAGGAUGCACUAUUGACUGGUUCAGCCGAUGGCCUAAGGAUGCCUUAGUUGCUGUGUCUGAACACUUCCUCUCUUCCUAUGAUAUUGACUGCAGUUUGGAGACCAAGAGGGAAGUGGUCCAGUGCAUGGGCUCCUUCCAGGAUGGUGUAGCUGAGAAGUGUGUUGAUUAUUUCCAGAGAUUCCGACGUUCUACCCAUGUGACGCCCAAAUCAUACCUCUCCUUUAUUCAAGGCUAUAAGUUCAUAUAUGAAGAAAAGCAUGCAGAAGUGCAAACUCUGGCCAAUAGGAUGAAUACUGGAUUGGAAAAGCUAAAAGAAGCUUCAGAGUCUGUUGCAGCCCUGAGCAAAGAACUGGAAGUGAAAGAAAAGGAGCUACAAGUGGCCAAUGAUAAAGCCGACAAGGUCUUAAAAGAAGUGACAAUGAAAGCACAGGCUGCAGAAAAGGUCAAGGCUGAGGUACAGAAGGUGAAGGACAAAGCUCAGGCCAUUGUUGAUGGCAUCUCUAAAGAUAAAGCCAUUGCUGAGGAAAAACUUGAAGCAGCCAAGCCAGCAUUAGAAGAAGCAGAAGCAGCCUUGCAGACCAUCAAGCCUUCUGACAUUGCUACUGUUCGCACUCUGGGCCGACCCCCGCAUCUCAUCAUGAGGAUCAUGGAUUGUGUGCUGCUGCUGUUUCAGAGGAAAGUCAAUGCAGUGAAAAUUGACCUGGAAAAAAGCUGUACAAUUCCUUCCUGGCAGGAAUCUUUAAAACUGAUGACGGCAGGAAACUUUCUACAGAAUUUGCAGCAAUUCCCCAAAGACACCAUCAAUGAAGAAGUGAUAGAAUUUUUGAACCCUUACUUUGAAAUGGCAGACUACAACAUUGAAACUGCCAAACGUGUGUGUGGGAAUGUAGCGGGUCUUUGUUCCUGGACCAAGGCCAUGGCCACCUUCUUUUCUAUAAACAGAGAGGUGCUGCCCCUGAAGGCCAACCUGGUGGUGCAGGAGAAUCGCUAUGUGUUGGCCAUGCAGGAUCUGCAGAAGGCCCAGGCUGAGCUGGACGACAAGCAAGCCGAGCUGGAUGUGGUACAGGCCGAAUAUGAGCAGGCCACGACGGAGAAACAGACCUUGCUUGAAGAUGCAGAGCGGUGCAGACAUAAGAUGCAGACCGCGUCCGCGCUGAUUGGGGGCUUAGCAGGAGAAAAAGAAAGAUGGACAGAGCAAAGUAAAGAGUUUGCCACCCAAACAAAAAGGCUUGUAGGGGAUGUGUUGCUGGCUACAGCUUUUCUAUCUUAUUCUGGUCCAUUUAACCAAGAAUUUCGCAAUCUGCUGUUAAAUGACUGGCAGAAGGAGAUGAAAGCCCGGGAAAUUCCAUUUGGAGACAACCUAAAUCUCAAUGAGAUGUUGAUUGAUGCCCCUACCAUUAGUGAGUGGAACCUCCAGGGCUUGCCAAAUGAUGAUCUGUCCAUUCAGAAUGGAAUUAUUGUCACCAAGGCAUCUCGCUACCCUUUGUUAAUUGAUCCACAGACUCAAGGCAAGAUCUGGAUUAAAAAUAAAGAAAAUAAAAAUGAGCUCCAGAUCACAUCUCUAAAUCACAAGUACUUCAGAAACCACCUGGAGGACAGUCUUUCUGUUGGAAGGCCCUUGCUUAUUGAAGAUGUUGGGGAGGAACUAGAUCCAGCCCUGGAUAAUGUUUUGGAGAAGAACUUCAUUAAGACCGGGUCUACCUUCAAGGUGAAAGUCGGUGACAAGGAGGUAGAUGUGAUGGAUGGCUUCAGGGUCUACAUUACCACCAAGCUGCCCAAUCCAGCCUACACCCCUGAAAUAAGCGCUCGAACUUCCAUCAUCGACUUCACUGUCACCAUGAAGGGUCUAGAAGAUCAGUUACUGGGGAGGGUCAUUCUCACAGAGAAGCAGGAGUUGGAGAAAGAAAGAACUCAUCUCAUGGAAGACAUAACUGCAAACAAAAGAAGGAUGAAGGAGCUAGAAGAUAAUUUGCUUUUCCGUCUGACGAGUACCUGGGGCUCUCUGGUGGAAGAUGAGAGUCUCAUCCUUGUGUUGAGUAACACAAAAAAGACAGCCGAGGAGGUGACACAGAAGCUGGAAAUUUCAGCGGAGACAGAGAUUCAAAUUAACUCAGCCCGGGAGGAAUACAGACCUGUCGCUACACGGGGCAGCAUCCUCUAUUUCCUCAUCACGGAGAUGCGCUUGGUUAAUGAGAUGUAUCAGACUUCGCUCCGCCAGUUUCUUGGCUUGUUUGACCUUUCCUUAGCCCGGUCUAUGAAGAGCCCAGUUACAAGCAAGAGAAUCGCUAAUAUCAUUGAACACAUGACCUACGAGAUUUAUAAGUACACGGCUCGCGGGUUGUAUGAGGAGCACAAAUUCCUAUUCACCUUGCUUCUUGCCCUGAAGAUCGACAUCCAGAGGAACCGAGUCAAGCACGAAGAGUUUCUCACCCUUAUUAAAGGUGGCGCCUCUUUGGACUUGAAAGCCUGUCCUCCUAAACCAUCUAAAUGGAUCCUGGACAUGACCUGGCUGAAUUUGGUGGAACUUAGCAAACUUAGACAGUUUUCUGAUGUCCUUGAUCAGAUAUCAAGAAAUGAGAAAAUGUGGAAAAUUUGGUUUGAUAAGGAAAACCCUGAGGAGGAGCCCCUUCCAAACGCUUAUGAUAAAUCUCUCGACUGCUUUAGACGUCUUCUCCUCAUUAGAUCCUGGUGUCCUGACAGAACCAUUGCCCAGGCCCGCAAGUACAUCAUGGAUGCCAUGGGUGAAAACUAUGCAGAAGGAGUUAUCCUGGACUUGGAAAAGACAUGGGAGGAGUCUGAUCCACGGACACCACUCAUCUGUCUCCUGUCUAUGGGCUCAGACCCUACAGAUGCCAUCAUUGCCCUGGGGAAGAGAUUAAAAAUAGAAACCCGCUACGUGUCCAUGGGGCAGGGCCAGGAGGUCCACGCCCGCAAGCUCUUGCAGCAGACCAUGGCAAAUGGAGGAUGGGCACUUCUGCAGAACUGCCAUCUGGGACUGGAUUUCAUGGAUGAACUCAUGGACAUAAUUGUGGAAACAGAGCUUGUGCACGAUGCUUUCCGCCUGUGGAUGACCACCGAGGUUCAUAAACACUUUCCCAUUACCCUCCUUCAGAUGUCCAUUAAAUUUGCCAAUGAGCCCCCACAGGGCCUCCGGGCAGGACUGAAAAGAACAUAUGGUGGUGUGAGCCAAGAACUGCUGGAUGUGAGCUCCGUAGCGCAGUGGAAGCCCAUGCUGUACGCCGUGGCUUUCCUCCACUCCACUGUCCAGGAGAGGCGCAAGUUCGGCCCCCUGGGCUGGAACAUCCCCUAUGAAUUUAACCAAGCUGACUUUAAUGCCACGGUGCAGUUCAUCCAAAACCACUUAGAUGACAUGGAUCUCAAAAAGGGUGUCUCCUGGACCACUGUCCGCUACAUGAUAGGAGAGAUUCAGUAUGGAGGCAGGGUCACUGAUGACUACGACAAGAGGCUGUUGAAUACGCUUGCUAAGGUUUGGUUCAGUGAAAAUAUGUUUGGCCCAGAUUUCACCUUUUACCAAGGAUAUAAUAUUCCAAAAUGCAGCACGGUGGAUAACUACCUUCAGUAUAUCCAGAGCUUGCCAACCUAUGACAGCCCUGAGGUGUUUGGUCUGCACCCCAACGCCGACAUCACCUACCAGAGCAAGCUGGCCAAGGACGUGCUGGACACCAUCCUGGGCAUCCAGCCCAAGGACAGCUCUGGUGGAGGGGAUGAGACUCGGGAGGCGGUGGUGGCCCGGCUGGCUGAUGACAUGCUAGAAAAGCUGCCCCCAGACUAUAGUCCAUUUGAAGUGAAGGAGAGGCUGCAGAAGAUGGGGCCCUUCCAGCCAAUGAACAUUUUCCUCAGGCAAGAGAUAGACAGAAUGCAACGGUUACUCACCCUGGUCCGAAGCACCCUGACGGAGUUAAAACUUGCCAUUGAUGGCACCAUCAUCAUGAGCGAAAAUCUACGAGAUGCGUUGAAUUGCAUGUUUGAUGCCAGAAUUCCUGCUCAGUGGAAAAAAGUUUCUUGGGUUUCAAGUACAUUGGGUUUCUGGUUUACUGAACUUAUAGAAAGAAACUGCCAGUUUACUUCUUGGGUUUUCAAUGGCCGACCCCACUGCUUCUGGAUGACAGGCUUUUUUAACCCCCAAGGAUUUUUAACUGCCAUGCGACAGGAGAUAACUCGGGCCAACAAAGGCUGGGCUCUGGACAAUAUGGUACUUUGCAACGAAGUCACCAAGUGGAUGAAGGAUGACAUUUCAGCACCUCCCACAGAGGGUGUCUACGUCUACGGCUUGUAUCUUGAAGGUGCUGGCUGGGAUAAGAGGAACAUGAAGCUCAUCGAAUCCAAACCGAAAGUACUCUUUGAGUUAAUGCCUGUCAUAAGGAUUUAUGCAGAAAACAAUACUGUAAGAGAUUCUCGGUUGUACUCCUGUCCCAUCUAUAAGAAGCCAGUCCGAACAGACUUGAACUACAUCGCUGCUGUGGACCUCAGGACCGCCCAGGCCCCUGAACACUGGGUGCUCCGUGGGGUCACCCUUCUCUGUGAUGUCAAGUAACCUGGGGCCUGUCCCUUACCCAGUAAAGGCAGGAUCCAAAGUACCAUAACCUUUCCUCUCCUGUGAGUGCUGGACAAGGUUAAAUCAGGUUGCUUAUGCAAUGAGUGAGCCUCAUGGGUUUUCCCAAUUGGAUGCUUGAUUACGUCUAGCCUGUUUCAUCAUUAAUGACCAAUCACUGUGUUUUUUGACAAGUUGUUUGAUGAUUUAAAAGUCAAAUUUACAACUUUCUAAUGAAACAUGGCCCUGAAAUCCACAGUAAUACAUUUUCUUCUUUAACUCUGAAGACUGAUGUGGUUACACAGAUGGUAUUUCCCUUGAAGGGAUUGUUCUUCCAUUAAUGUGGUCCUGGUGACAGCCCAGUUCCCCAAGGUAACAUGACAAGUUUGUGCUGAUUCUGCUUCUGUUGCAUUUAGGUCAGGUAAGAGGUUUGUUUUCAUGGCUCAAGUAGCCAGUUAAAAAGACCUUUAAGAGUUCCCAUCGUGGUGCAGUGGUUAACAAAUCCCACUAGGAACCAGAGGUUGCAGGUUCGUU